UCCGAAAUUUUGCAAUUCAUAGAUCGCUUUUCGCGGAAGCAACCACGACCUUCACCGAAUCACCGGUAAUAAAUCUCGACCUUCAAUAUCAAGUAGUUCAUGGUGCUGCAAUUUCAAAUUCGACAUUUGUAAGAAUUGAAGCGCUGCGAAUUGGAAUUACAUCAAUUGCAACUAGAAUUAUCAAAUUCAGUCUCUAUUUUGGUGCUUCUUACAUUGCGACAUUGAUUGAGGAAGAUGACAAGCAUGAUGAAUUGCAGUAGUGAAGAUGAUGAAGCUGAAGUAGACGAGCUAGAACGUUUUGAUGAUUUCACGCUUGCCUCCUCUUGGGAAAGGUUUAUAUCAGAGAUUGAAGCGGUGUGUCGCCGUUGGAUGGCUGAUGGCCCUAAGAACUUGUUGGAGAAGGGUGCCGUGCUUGUAGGGACUUCGAAAAACCUUUAUAAAGCCAAAUGUGAGCUUAAACAUGAUAAGAAAAGCUAUUCUAUGGAGUAUUACUUUAGAGAGAAGCAUACAGGUAAAGUCACAAACUGGGACUCUACUUGGCACCAUUUGCAGCUGGCAUUUGGAGUAACUGAGUUUUUGAUAAUUGCGCCACAGAGUGCUAGUGGUGUAGUGUUGAAUCCACCAGAGUCCAGCAAGCUUCUCAGUGCAGUUGCAAUUGCUAUGUCCAACUGUUGUUGCAGUCUAUGGCCAGCCUUUGUCCCUGUUCAUGACCCUUCUCGAAAAGCGCAUAUUGGUAUACAAAAUAUGGGAACUGUGUUCACAAGAAGGUUCGAAUCAGACUGCAUCAGGAGUCAGGUUCCUGUGAAGCUCAUGCAUUUGGAAGGGUUGUAUGAGCUGUUUGUGUCUAAAUUUGCCUUUUCUACAGUGGAUUUCUCGACGCAUCUGUACAAAGUUCAAUUUACCAUGAAGCUCACUUACAGAACCAUUCCAUGUGAUGAUGAUGAUUAUAUGCAUGAAGCUGAAGGUGAGAACAUAGAAUCUAGUGCGGGUGCCAAGGGUGAACUGCAUCCGAGAUCUCAAUGGGAUGAUGACUGCCCUUGGAGUGAAUGGUAUUCAGCUGAAGAUCCAGUAAAAGGUUUUGAGUUAGUCACAAUAUGGUCAGAUAGGACGAUUGAGAGCUCCCUUGAGAUGGCUGAAAUUGAAAAUUCUUCACCUCAUGAAGCUAAAAUGUGGCUUCUACUUCCGACUAUCUUGGAAAAUUUAAAUCACAGUCAGAAAGUGAAGACAGUUGGAUUUGCUUCACAACUAUCUCUCUUGGUUGUUGCCUUAGAGAUGUCGUUUGAGGCUCAAUUUUUGGAAGAUUUUGUGUCAGUAGAUUCCAAUGCAGAAAAAUUGAGGUCUUCAGCAUCCAUUCCGCCACCAACUGUUGUCGCCCGUGUAUUGAAAGAGCUUUUUCAUGAGGGAGUUGAAGCAUUAGAUUUUUCAAAAGGUGACAACAAAAGUUCUCGAGCUAUUAAAGGCGCACCAUCAGAGUCACUAUUUGCACAAUUUUGCUUACAGUCUCUGUGGCUUGGUAACUGCAAUAUACGAGCUAUAGCCAUGCUCUGGAUUGAGUUUGUCCGAGAAGUUCGUUGGUGCUGGGAAGAAUCACAACCAUUGCCGAGAAUACCUGUUAAUGACACCAUUGAUCUCUCCUCUUGCUUGGUUCAUCAGAAAUUACAGAUGCUUGCCAUGUGUAUUGAAAAGAAACGUGAAGCAAAUGCAGAGUUUUUUGAUGCUACAGAAGGCAAAGAUGAUGUUCCUAGCCACAUCGAGGAAGAUUUUUUGUCCAAGCCGGGUCCCACUGAAAAUUUACAUGUGGGAACUCACAGCAGAAAGAGACAGGAUGGUUUGGAUGACACCCAAGAGGCAUCGAAUGACCUUAAUGCCCUUGAAGUGGCAUCUGAUCGCAUUAGAAGAGGUUCAGCUGGUGGUGCAGGAUCAAUGACGCUGUUGAGCUCAUGCCAAAGAAUGCAUGUUCCAUUUACUCAGGAUGCACCACCAAUGACCGAAGAUAUUCAUGAAGAGCGGUUACAUGCUGUUGCAGCAUUCGGCGUUUCAUCUAGCUUGUCUGCCCAGCUAGAGAGAGAGAUCUUACAAUCUGACAUGUCAGCUUUUAAAGCAGCAAAUCCAGAUGCUGUGUUUGAGGACUUUAUUCGGUGGCAUUCACCAGGAGAUUGGGUAAGUGAAGGCAGUGACGAAAAAGAAUCAGGAACUCGGUUGAGUGGUGAUUGGCCUCCAAGGGGACGACUCUCAAAGAGAAUGUCUGACCACGGGAAUUUUUGGCGGAAACUUUGGAAUGAUGCGCCUGCUUUGGCAGCUUAUGAGCAGAAAUCACUUUUGGACCCAAAUCGAGAGGGAGAAAAGAUUCUUCAUUACUUGGAGACAUUGCGACCACACCAACUGCUUGAGCAGAUGAUUUGUACAGCAUUCAGAGCAUCAGCUGAUACCCUAAACCAAGCAAGCUUUGGUGAUUUGAAUCAAAUGAAGAGCAAACUCGAUCAGUUUUACCUUACCAUGGCAUCUAUGCUGAGGCCUCUGCAAGCAAAUCAACUAUCUCAGGAUAGUGACAUUUUUGAAGAUCUCAAACGGACGUGUGUCAUAUUUGAACAUGUAGAGAGAUUGACAAUUCUAGCUGUUUCCCUUCAUCGAAAGUUCAUUCUAGCACCACGGCUUUUUCAAGCAAUAUUUAAUGAUUACUAUAACUUCUACCUUCCCAGACUGGGUAACAGUGGAGUGGAAGUCGACUUUCACAAGGAAUUUGACCAGAGACAGCAAGUAUGGAUUGACGAAAGAAAUGUUGUGGCAGAUCUAUUUAUACCGCCUACUUCUAACCAGUCAUGGAGAAAAGUUUUAAGCAUGGGUAAUCUUCUUAAUGGCCAUGAACCCGUGCUUAGAGAAAUAAUCUUCACAAUGCGUGACGAUGUUAGUGACCACCAUUAUUCAACCCAUAAUUCAAUGGGUCCUCAACAAGAAAUCGAGACUUAUCGUAUGUACAUUGAAGGGACCUCAAAUGAUUUAGGCGUCUCUCUAUCGGUUGUUUCGUGUGAUUGAUUCUUUCUGUUAGUAUUCUGUACCAGUAACCCAUGUUAGCACUUCCUUGAUCUCUAUGGGCUUCCAUAGCUAUUCACUGGAAGCACAACAAGCGUCUGCUAACAGGUUGACCUUUACAAAGAUCUGUCUCGAAAGGGCGCUUCUCUUUGCGCACCCCAAAAUAAGUUGCUUAAUUUGUGAUUAAAAUAUAAAAGGCAGAAUAUACCUUGUGUCUGCACCUUCAAUCAUCUCCCUUUGUCUUUUUCUGA